GUAUCAUACACACGACGACUCUACGGGUGACGGUUAACGUAAAAAUAUAUAUAUGUGUGUAUGUGUACAUAAUUUGUUUCGUCUUAUCAAAACUAGGAUCCCAAAUGUGUUCGUUUUAGUAGUUUCUAUAACAUUGAACAUAACAGUUCUUUCGGAGUGACGAAUAAAACUAUAUACAUAUAAAUGAUUUGAUAUUUAAAAACCAUAUGAUUUUUAACAAGUUUUUACUGUGAUAUUAGAAAUAAACUAAAAUAUUUAAAUAUUACUAUUAAUUAUUUUUAAAUGCAAAAAAGAUUAAAUCAAAAUGACCAAUAACAACACAAAUGAUAAUAAAAUUCCAACAACUUGGAAAAAAUAUGGUGAAGUUUAUUGCAAUAAUUUAGAGCAGUCGGUGUUUGUUUGUUCAAUAUGUUUACAAAAUGCGGACAAUAUUAAUAUGACAUAUACCACAAGUGAUGGUUCAGCAUUUUGGUGCCACAUACAGCAACAACACAUUUCAGUGGAAUAUGAAACUAUAGACAAAAUAUCAGAAGAAAUACGAAAUUUCACAAAAAAUGAAGUUGAGACUAAAGAGGAAAAUGAGGGAAAAGCUACAAAAAUGGAAGAAUCGGCAGAUUUUAAAAUUAAAAAUACUCAGAUAAAAUUGUUGGAGGAAUUUCAUGAAAAUUUGAUCAAAAAUAAUGUUUUAAAGGAAACAGAAGACAGUGACAUAUUCCAUGAAAUUAAUAUCGAAGGAAAGUCACAAGAAACUCAUGGGUCAUCUGAAGGAGAUGAUGUAAAGCCAAAUAUUAAAGUUGAGAAUAUGGAAAAAUAUGAGAAAAAAUUUUCAAAUUGCAACUACUAUUAUGACAAUGAAACCUAUAUAAUAUCAGAUGACGAUGAUGAUGAUGACGAAUAUGAUAAUGAUGAGGAAGUUAUAUUUACUGAAAAUAAUGAUAUUCUUAAUCAUAAAGACGAACCCAAACCACUUGUAGAAAGAAAUUACCUCAAACAUAAUGAUAUGAUUGAAAUAUCAGAUGAUGAAGAUAAUCAAGAUCAUAUUGAUACACUACCAAUCUCUCCUAUAUCAACAAAUGAAGACACUAGUAUAAAUGAAGUUAUCAAUACAAUGGAAAUAGAAACGUCGGAUUCUAAUCAAAAAAAUCAUCCUAUUGAGUUUGACAACGUGAGUUCUACUAAUAAUGAAGGAAAUAUUUCUUAUCAGCCAAAUACUAAUAUAAUGCAUUUAACAACCGGUAUACCCACACCAGAUGUAUCACCCUGCGAAUCUAUGUCAACUCAGCAUUUAAAUAUUCCCCAAGACAAUCAACAAACUGAAGGAUAUUACAGUAAUUCUGAGUCGAAUCGACUACAUCACUUGCCUAAAAAAAGAGUCGCAAACUUUAGAGCGUUCAAGUGCAACAUUUGUGGUUCACGAACCAUUAAUAAAACAAAUAUGGAAAAACAUCUACAACGAGUUCACAAUGUCUCACCACAAGAAUUUAAAAGUAAUGAAUUUUCUCACCAGCGGUACCAUCUUGUUCAGCAACCAUAUCACAACAAUCAGCAGAACAGUGAAACUAUGCACUUACUGAAAAAACCAUUUAAAUGCAAAAUUUGUAAUGCGAGAACGAGAACAGAGAUAAAUAUGAAAACGCAUCAGAUUUUACAUCAUAGCCCCGAUUCACAUAUAUUUACAAUAGUAUGUGGAAUAUGUAAGAAAAAAGUAUUAAGAACAAAGUUCCAAAGACAUUUGCUAUAUCAUACUUUGUCAGGGCACAAAUGUGAUUAUUGCGGAAUUGUCUAUAAACAAAAAUAUUAUCUUAAUAUUCACAUAAGAAAAUACCAUUCAGAGAGUAACUUAUGUUCGGUACCGGAAUAUUAUCAGCAAAUUAAUACAAAUUUUAACAUUCCACCUGAAAUUUAUCUGCAAAAUAAUCAGCAACACAACAAUCAAUCGACGAUAGUGACAUCUACAUUUAAUUCUACAGAUGUGAAUUUAUCUUCGGCAGAAGAGCAGCAGCUAAGAUAUCAGAAAUGCGAACAAAUAUGGAAACUUUUUGAGAGCAGUAAUAAUGUAAGACAUAAUUUAUGAUCAUGCAGACACCUCUUCUCAAUAUCUGUACAGUAGAGUGUUCCGAGAAAUAAACAGCCUUUUUAAGAAUCUCAUGCGCAAAUUCUUCUUAAUGCGUUUCGAUUAAUGUUACUUUUGUUUCAAAAUGAUUUAAGUAUUUUAAGUUUAUUUUUCUUUUAACCCGCCAAAUCGUAUUGUAUUUUAUAUUAUUCAACCACAAAAGAAUUUAAUUCCAGAAAAGAUAUUCUACGUGCAUGUAGUAUGCAUAUACAAAUGUAUGCAUUUUAUGUGAUUACAUACUUUUCAGUAAAAAAUAUCCAAUAACUUUAUGAUAACUAGAGAGUAAUUUUCUAAAAAACAAAAGACAAUUUGUAAGAAAUUCAAGUUUCUAAUUAAAAAUAUUUUUUUUUUUUAAUUUUCACGUGUUAUUUACAUUUUUGCUUAUAAAAAUUUUCAAAUUUGUCCAUUUUUGUAGAUGUAAUUCUACCCGGUGUUUUCCUGCUAUCAAAAAAAAACGUUUUAAUACCUUUUUAGGUAUUCCUAAAUAUAAUUUUAAAUUGAAAAUUUGAUGUCCUAAAAACCCAAACCUUGGACUAAUAAUUAUAGUGUUGAUGUUUUGGGAGUGAGUAUAAUACUAAACAUUAUUUAAUUUUUCUUAAAUCUAAAAAAGUGUUUAUUUGAUAAUUACAUUAUUUUGAAAUCAAUGUUUAAAAUAAAUGCUUAUUUGACAAUUUCAUUGUUUUGAAAUUGUUCAGAAUUGAACACGCAUUUAUUUAUGUUUAAUUUUGUUUAAGUAAAAUAAGAAAGAUCAUAAAUUAUAAGUUCAAGUGCAUGGGUUAGGUCAUAAAAAAUAUUAUAUACGUUUGUUUGUACUACAAAUAAAUAUGUAUUAUCGCUUUGUUUUUAGGACAAGCCGUAGCAGUGAUAAGAACUUUAGUUCUAAGAUGCACAUUAAUUCUGUUGUUUAUGUGACGCAUAAACCAUAUGUUAGAGUUAAUAAUGAGGCAUGAAAUAUAUUUAUAUCACUGAUGCAGUUAUUACCCCAUGCUAAGAUAGAAACAUUACACUGAUAAGACUGAAAGUACACAUGUGCACAAGAUGUCUUAUCAUAGUUCUAGUUAGUUUUAAGAUUUUUGUAUUUAGCUCUUAAGAUCAUUGAUUUUAAAUAAACUCUUAAUGUCUUACAAACAUUCAUUCGAACAGUA